AUGGACAUAAUAACAAAAGAGCUAUUUGUACCAAUAAAAUAUACAAAAGUUAUAGAUAAUAGAAUUAGUUUAACUGUUCACAAAAAUUGGCUGAGCAAUUUACUUAACACAGGACCAAUUUCAUUUAUUUAUCAUGAGCGAUUAAAUGAAGAUGAAAUUGCAGCUCAUCCUAUGCUUGAAGAUCUGGGUCCAGAUUGGAUAAGAAUAUUUGUUAGGGUGUAUAAAAAACAGCAUAAGUAUGCUGUUCCACUUCCAAGAGGAAGACAUAUAAAUGGAAAUACUCAUGCAGAUCUGACAUAUUCACAAUUAAUGCAUUAUGUUGCAGAAACUAAUUACCGAAAUUUAUGGAAAGAAUGUUAUAAAAAAUAUUACAGUCCAUGGAAUUGUAUAGAACAUAAAGAACAAUAUAAUAUAAAUGCUAAUGUAAGUGAUAUAUGGAUUAUGCAAGAAGUAUUACAAAAAAUGUAUGGUUGCACUUUAGUACAAAUACAAAAUGGAUCAGUGGUAUCUAUAUUGCCUGCUAUAUCAAAUGAAGUACAUUGUAAUCUUCUUCCAAUAUUGUUUGCUAUUGAAACUACAUCUGCUUUUCUUACAUUACAUGAGCAAACUGCAGAAUAUUCUCUGCGUGAGUGUGUAAUGUACAGCCCUGCUGCUCUAAGUAUGAGUCAUGGGAAGCCAUUAUUUCUAAUAUAUCAGUUAUUACAACUAUCUAGAGACUUGCAUGAUCGAGGUUUAGUAUUAGGUGAAAUUACCCUUAGUGAUAUAUUGCUUAUGGAUAAUUUUACUAUUCAGGUAUUACCAAAAGUAAGUGAUAAUAUAUACAUAAAGCCUGAAAAUGAACAUUCCAAAGGUUCCACUAGUCAAGAAAUGAAAGCAAAAAAUUUCAAUGGAUGUAAAAAAAAUUUUGAUGUAAUUUCAUUAAAUUCUACAUUGCAAAAAAAAUCUAAAUUUGGAAUGAAUGAAAAUAUUGAAAAAUUGUGUGAAAUGUGGGUGUAUAAUUGUAUUAGUAAUUAUGAUUAUUUAACUGCAUUAAACAAUUUGGCUGGUAGAAGAUAUGGUGAUCCAAGUUGUCAUCAUGUAAUGCCUUGGGUCACAGAUUUUACAUCAAGAUGUGGUGGUAAUUGGAGAGAUUUGACAAAAUCCAAGUUUCGAUUAAACAAGGGUGAUAGACAAUUAGAUUUAACAUUUGAUUCACAAUCCACUGAAGUAGGACAUCAUGUAUCAGAUGUACUGUCAGAAAUUACGUAUUAUGUGUAUCUUUCUCGUCGUUACAAUAAAUCCGUCCUUUGUAAAUAUGUGCGACCACAAUGGGUGCCAGGCGAGUAUCCUGCUUCCAUACAAAGAUUACAUGAUUGGAGUCCAGAUGAAUGUAUACCACAAUUUUUCGCUGACCCCAAUGUUUUUAAGUCUAUUCAUGAAGAUUUACCAGAUUUAGAAAUUCCUGGAUGGGCUACAUCUCCAGAAGAUUUUAUUGAAAGACACAGGGAAGCCUUAGAAAGUUUUCAUGUUUCUGAAAGAUUACAUCACUGGAUAGUUGACAAUCACACUACUUUAACUAAUUCUGGUAUUGUUCAACUUUUUACACAACCACAUCCACAAAAAAUUAUUCCUUCACCUUAUUGGUGUAAAAUUCCACCCAGAUUACGCUCAUCUUUUUUAAUAAAUAAGUAUAAAAAUGAUCAAUCGGGAAAUAGAACUAGUGAUGAUGAAGGUCAUAGUUCUGGGUUUGAAGAAGAAGAACUACCAACAUCAAUAUUUAAUACAUCAAGGUCAUCUCCUUUAGUUUUAAGUCGAUUACUAAGUCGUUCUCGAGGUUCUUUACUUAAUACUGAAGAUAAUGCUAAACAAGAUAAAUCUAUAAAUCAGACAAUAAUUCUUCCAAAAGAUUAUAAUCCUGUUACAGCUAUUGUGCAUGUGGAAACUAUGCAUGCAUUUAUAAAUAAAGUAAGCUCUCAAGUUUAUAAACCACAAAUUGAAUUACAUGAGCCAUUCAUAAAUUACAAACAAAUUGUGGCUAGUGGGCGCAUUAAAGAACAACAAAUUCUUGGUUGUUUAAUUGUGGAAAUAUUUUUAUCUAAUAAAUUUCGGUCUACGUGGAAUAUCGAAAAGGUAUCAUUUGCAAAAAGGCUUGCUACUUGCUUAAAUAUAUUGAAGACAUCAGCUGAUAGUUUACCUAAAUGUGUAAGAAAUGCUGUUGCCUUGUUACUUCAAAUUGAUAUUAUACCAAAUAGUUAUAAUAUUGAUAACAUAGAAGUGACUGAUACACCUUUUCGGUAUCCAACUAUUACACAUAUGGGUCUACCUCCACCAUCUGCUCAUCAGUUUUUACAACCAAUACUUUCUGGAAGUUUAUUUCCAUUUUCCAAGUAUUAUAAAUAUUUAUUUAAUAUUGUAGAAAUGUUACAAGAAUAUAAUAGUUUAGUUCGUGAAUUAAAUUUUAUAAUGAAAUCUGAAGAUGACAUGGAUUUUAUAUUUAAAACAAAAACAAAAUUCCUUUGUAAAAUUAGUGAGUGUAAAGUUAAAGCAAUUGCAAGGGAAUUGGAACACUUAUUAUUCCAUACUGGAAUUGCAAGAGAGGCAUGUUUAGAAUUGAUAGUGCCUCAUAUACAACAAAUAAUGGAAGAACCUUAUAGUGCUGUAUUAACUGCUUGGCAUUUAUUUGAUCCUAUUGCCAAAGCAUUGGGCCCUAAAGAUACAGCACAAACAUUCCUUUUAUCCAUUAUGAAAUUAUAUGAAAAUGGUUCUUUCAUGGAUAAUUUUCCACAUGCUGAUGUACUUCCUUUAGCAUUAGUAGCAAAAUUUAAAACCACACGCUUGUAUCAUAGAAAUUUCUUAUUGAAGCUUAUGGUAAGAUUGGGUUUACGGCGAUUUUUGGAAAAUUUUAUUACUCCUCUUGUGGAAGCAGUUGGAGGAUAUAGGGAUUACAUACAAGGAUCUUCAACAUAUACUUAUAAAACAGGCAAUCUUAAAAGUUGUGAUUUAAGUGGGAUGUGUAAUGAAGGAGAAGGAAUUUUGUCUCCUUUAGACGAGGAUUUUUCUGCGGAUUCAGAGCAGAAUAUUUCUUUAUCGACUGCACCUAUAGCCAGUGAUUAUACACGUGAUAUAAAUUCGACUAACAAUGAUGUUGAGGAAGUAUUUACAAUGGAAGCAGAUGAAAAUUCAUGGAUAUCAUUAAAUACUGGUGCAACAUAUGAUAUUGAUUUAAAUAUUGAUCUGAAUUUAAACCUUAAUGAUGAUUUAAAUGAAGAAGGAAAUAAACUUUCCCCACUAAAGUCAAUCAAAUCACCUACAAUUCCUAUACCAAAAACAUCCAAUUCUUCUAAUAAAUCUCUAACAGAGUUUAGUAACAUUGGUUGUCAUGUUGGAAGUAAGACUUCUAAUGAUGAAUUUACUUAUGGUGGAUUUAGCCACUCUACUAAUACUUCUGAGGAAAUAUCUAUUGUAGGAAUUGAAGAACAAAGUUCUAUAAUAUUACAAACAAAUGAUAACAGAUCUAAUGUUGUAGUACAUGAAGAUAUUCAAAUAGAUCAUAUUUAUCAAAAAACUACAUCAAAUGAGUGCACAACUUCUGAAAUGAGUGCAGAAUCUAUCAUCUGGUUAUCUCAUAGACUUGGACCUGUGCUUACUGCUCGAUAUUUGUCUCGAAAUUUAUUAAGAAUGCUUACAUUAUGUUAUACUGGGAAAGAAAACUUAACAAUAACCAAAGAUACUCUUUUAUCUAUGGAAGGUAUUCCAUGGAAUAAAAAGAUUUUGGUUGGUGAUCAUAAUGCUAACAAUGUUUUGGAAUGUCUUGCAGCUAUUGCAGGGCUAUAUGGAGAACAGAUUAUAGUGUUGCAGUAUUUCGCACACAUGGUAGAACUUUUAGCACUUUGUAAAAGAAAAUUAACACAAAAUUUGGAAGGAGGACUUAUUUCGUGUUUGACUCUUUUAAACCGUAUUACACCAUAUCUCAGUGAUGCAGUUCUGAUGGAUGUACUUCAUGAAUCAAUUGUAAAAGCAAUACUAUAUCCUACAGUUCGUAUAUUAUCAUCCACGAGAUUUACUUUUCCCAAUGGUACAGUUGCACGUUCUAUAAUGGCAGAAAAAUGUUUAGAAACUUUAUUUAUGUUUAGUUUACGAUUGGGUAGUGUUAUUACAAAAAAUCAUUUGGCUGUGCCUAUUCAACGAUUUUUCUUAGCGUUUGAUAAAUCAUUUAAUCAAGAUGUUUCAGAAAAUAUUAAGAACGAAAUUACCCAAAAAACAAUAAGUGAACACUUUACAAGGGUGAAAGUUUUAAAUGAAGAUAAUAGAGAUAGCCUUGGACUACAAACAAAUUUUAAUGCAGAUAUUGCUGAUUCUUAUUCUCCACCAGUUAUAGAGAACAUGAAUGCAUCUGAUUGCCAGGAAAAUAAGGCACUUGAGGAACUAAAAGCUGUGUUUACAGCAGAAUUUGCUCACAAAACAUAUAUGCUUUUUUAUAAAUGUAUUGAUAGUGAAGUAAUGGAACAAAUACUUAAAAAUCGUGAACAUAUAAAUAAUUUAUGUCGUAAAUAUGAACAAGAAGCAAAAAUGAAUUUCAAUGCUGAUGAUAGCAAGUAUAACAUACCAUACAACAAUUACAAUGUAGCAGAAAGUACAGAAUUAACAAAUAAAGAUGUAAUUAAUUAUGAAAAUAUAUCAGUUGUGGGAAAUAGAUUUGCAGUACAAAAGAAUGAUGUUAGUGAUUAUGUUACUUCAGAAAACAUAAUAUCUAAUCGAGAAGCUAGUUGUUCAUCAACUGGAAGACAAUUACGAGGAAAUUGGUUAGCAUAUUGGGAACAUGAAAUUGGAAGAUCAGAGAAAGAUACAGCAUUUAAUAUAAAACAAAUAAAAUUGCAAACUUUUAGUGGUCAUACUAAUAGUGUUAGAUGUUUAUAUGUGUUAGACAAUGAAAACAGUUUUAUGAGUGGGGGAAGAGAUAAAACUGUGAAAUUAUGGAGCUUAAGAAGUCAGGGAGAUGGAAAUACUGUUUCAUCUUGUCAGUAUACUUAUACUGGACAUAAGAAGUCAAUUCUUGCGUUAACAUUCCUAGAAUCUUUAAGAUAUGUAGUUACUUGUGAUGGUUCCAUUCAUUGUUGGGAUCCUUUUAUGGGUUCUCUUCUUGGUUCUCCAGAAAGCUCACGUCCAAUCCCUGUAAAUACACUGGCCGCAAGUCCUCCUCCAUCUACAACUUUACUUGUAGGUACAACUGAUAUUACACUGAGAGUUAUUGAUUGUAGAACAUUUCAAUAUGUAAAUGAAAUGAAGGUAUCUGUAAAUCCAACAGGUUUAAUUCGAUGUAUUGCAGUAGCACCUAGUGGUUAUUGGGUAGCAUUGGGUCAAGCAUCAGGAUUUUUAACAAUUUUAGAUAUUCGUACUGGUCUUAUUAUUGCGUCUUGGAAAGGUCAUGAAUGUGAAAUCUUACAAUUAGAAGCGAUUAAUGAAACAACAUUAAUUAGUUCUUCAUUAGAUGAGACCAUUGCUGUAUGGAGUGCACUAGAUGGGAAAUUAAAAUUUCAUAUGAAAGGUUCUACAGAACCAGUCCAUUGCAUGACUACGUAUGAACAAGAAUUAAUAAUAGGAACAACAGCAAAUCGGGUGGGAGUUUACACAUCUAUAGAAGCAACAGCCUCAUUUUCAUCAUCAAAAUUAAAAUCUGAUACAUUCAAAGGUCUCCUUACCACAAUGGCGGUUCUUCCCCUUAAUAGAUUAUUGUUAUUAGGUGCAGAUAAUGGCGGAAUAACAUUAAUUUGUUAAGUAUUAUAUAU